GUCAAAAUAAUGAGUAUUUACCUGAUUUUCUUCUUAGUUUUAUCCUAUUUGGUUUCGAUAAAAUGCCUUUACUAUCGACAUCGGCGAACUUUGGUGAAGUCGUUGAAACGUGUAAUGAACGUUUUACCAGGCAGAGAAGCCGACGGCGCUGAUAUCACAGCUCUGAUUGUAACUGCGCAUCCGGAUGAUGAAUGUAUGUUCUUCGCGCCAACGAUUAUACGACUCGUUGAGUUAAAUGCCAGCGUCCAUUUGCUGUGUUUAUCUGAAGGAAACUACUACAACCAAGGAGCUCAGCGUAAACAGGAACUUCUCAACAGCUGUGCCGUGUUGGGGAUACCAGCCUCCAGAGUCACAGUAGUAGACCAUAAAAAACUUCCAGACGACCCCAAAGCAGAAUGGAGCGUCUCUUUGGUCUCUUCUGUAAUUGUGAGGCACAUCCGCGCCCACUCCGUCAACAUGGUGCUGACCUUCGAUGGAAGAGGAGUGAGCGGCCAUGCCAAUCAUACAGCCGUCCAUAAAGCUGUCAGCCAUCUGGCUUCUACUGGACAAGUGCCCAAUGACUGCUGUUUGCUCUCCCUGGUGACUGUUGGCCUCCUCAGGAAGUACAUCGCCUUCCUGGAGCUUCCCCUCAGCUGGCUGCUGUCCUCGUGUCUCUGCUGCAUUAUAGGCUCACAGGGCUACAGGCAAGCCAAAGCUGCCAUGCUUUGUCACCGCACUCAACUCCUGUGGUUUCGUUACCUAUACAUCACCUUCUCGCGGUACAUGUUCGUAAACACAUUCCAAAUGAUCCCACAAGGACCAAAGAACCUGAAGAUCUAUUAAAAGUUUGUCCCAUCCUGAAGCACUG